GCAUCUCCAUUGACCCGUCUUCGAAGUGUUCCUCGAUUAGCAUUCUCAAAUUAUGGCGGCAGAACAACGAAAGCUUCUAGAGCAGCUUAUGGGUGCGGACCAACUCGUAGGUUAUGGCGCACCCUCUCGUAACGCUCAGCUUUCCAUCACAGAUGCCAAGGUUUGCCGGUCAUAUCUUGUGGGAACCUGCCCGCAUGAUCUCUUCACAAAUACCAAGCAAGAUCUUGGUCCUUGCCCGAAGGUGCACAACGAAGGACUGAAGACGGAGUACGAGACUGCCUCCGCUGCAGAGAAAGCAAAAUGGGGAUUCGACUAUGACUACAUGCGUGAUAUGCAGAAAUAUAUUGAUGAUUGUGACCGGAGGAUUGAUGGUGCUCAGCGACGAUUGGAAAAGACCCCGGAUGAAAUCCGCCAAACGAAUAAUCUGCUUAAGCAAAUCUCUGACCUCGCGAAAACUAUCAACACUGGGCUCCUCGAAAUCUCCGUGCUCGGCGAAACUGGAUCCGUCGCACAAGCCCUCAAUGAAUUGCACAAGAUCCGCACAGCGAAACACCAGAAAGAGACCUGCGAGCGUGAGCUCAAGAACCUCCAAGAUACUUCUGGCCCGUCUGGUCACCAGAAGCUACAGGUCUGUGAUGUUUGCGGUGCCUACCUCAGCCGACUCGAUAACGACCGGCGCUUGGCCGACCAUUUCUUCGGAAAGAUGCACAUGGGUUACUCCGACAUGCGAAAGACGUAUAAAAAGCUAAGUGAGGAGCUUAAGGGACGACCUCCACCCGUUCGUCACCACGAUGAUGAGGAUGGGGGCUGGGGUGGACGGUCUGGUGGCGGACGUGGUCCUCGGUAUGGCGGUGGUGGAUAUAAGAAACGGGGCGGCCGCUGGUAAUUAUAAUAGGUGUUUUCCUAUGUUAUUCUUUUUUUUUUUUUUCAUGAGACUUUU